GGGAGGGGUGUAUCGUGUAAUGUGGUUCCUCACCUGUCUUGCUCCAUCUAGUAAGUCCGUUCGUGUCUAGUCGCAGCCUCCGGUGGUCUCUUCUUCGCGACGGUCCCUGCGCCGCAUCUCAGGGCUCAUUCCUUUCCUUCACGUUGGCAUAAAAGUGCCGCACGAUAAGGCUUACUGGAGGAAAUUCUUCACUGCAGCUAAAGCUACAUUUGGAGUUUUUGGACUAAGUCGCUGGAUAGCCGAUCAAGAGACUUACCUCACGACAGUCGAACAUCCGACAAGAUCGCUGAUACACAGCACAGCACUUUUUGAGGUCUGUUAUCUGACUGGACCCUUUAAAAAUGGAGGAAGGUUACAGAGACCGAACAGCCUUCAUUCGCGGCGCCAAAGACCUUGCCAAAGAGGUGAAGAAGCAGGCCGGCAAGAAGGUUGGCCGGGGCUUCGACAGGAUGUCAGACGAGUAUUCGAAGCGCUCGUACACACGCUUCGAGGAAGAUGACGAUGACGACUAUCCAGUCCAGGGCCCGGAUGGAGGUUAUUACCGCAGUGACAGUCGGGCCAACGACGACGAUGAGGGAGCCCACAGCGACUCCACUGAGGGUCAUGACGAGGACGACGAGAUCUACGAGGGGGAGUAUCAGGGAAUUCCACGGGCUGACUCUGAAAAGGCAGAUGGGCAGCUUGGGGGCGCUGUGCCGGCGGGGGCCCAGUUCCGGGACAUUGGCGAGCAAGCGGGUGAGAGGCGGAAGGACAGGGAGGAGCUGGCCCAGCAGUAUGAGACAAUCCUGCAAGAGUGCGGCCACGGCCGGUUCCAGUGGACCCUCUACUUUGUGCUGGGCCUGGCACUCAUGGCCGAUGGUGUGGAGAUCUUCGUCGUCGGUUUCGUGCUGCCCAGUGCUGAGAAGGACAUGUGUCUGUCCGAGCCCAACAAGAGCAUGCUGGGCCUCAUUGUCUACCUGGGCAUGAUGGUGGGCGCCUUUGUGUGGGGGGGCCUGGCCGACAGGAUCGGAAGACGCCAGACUCUGCUCAUCUCUCUCUCCAUCAACAGCGUCUUCGCCUUCUUCUCCUCCUUCGUCCAAGGAUACAGCACUUUCCUCUUUUGUCGUCUGCUCUCCGGCGUCGGGAUCGGUGGCUCUAUCCCCAUCGUCUUCUCUUACUACUCCGAGUUCCUGGCUCAGGAGAAGAGAGGAGAACACCUGAGCUGGCUCUGCAUGUUCUGGAUGAUCGGGGGCAUCUACGCCGCUGCCAUGGCCUGGGCCAUCAUCCCGCACUACGGCUGGAGUUUCCAGAUGGGCUCCGCCUACCAGUUUCACAGCUGGCGGGUGUUCGUGCUGGUGUGCGCCUUCCCCUCCGUGUCCGCCAUUGGGGCUCUCACCACCAUGCCCGAGAGCCCACGCUUCUUCCUGGAGAAUGGGAAGCAUGACGAGGCCUGGAUGAUUCUGAAGCAGGUCCACGACACCAACAUGCGGGCCAAGGGUUGCCCAGAGAGAGUCUUCUCCGUGACCACCAUUAAAACGGUGAAGCCAAUGGACGAGCUGGUGGACAUGGGGGGAGAGGCAGAGGCCUGGCACAAACGCUGGAGGAUGAAAAUGCUGAGUCUCUUCAACCAGGUGCGGAGCAAUUUCCUUACCUGUUUCUCUCCCGAGUAUCGCCGCAUCACCUUCAUGAUGAUGGCUGUUUGGUUCUCCAUGUCCUUCAGUUAUUACGGUUUGACGGUGUGGUUCCCCGACAUGAUCAAGUACUUGCAGAAGCAGGAGUAUUCCAGUCGCACAAAGGUGUUUAUCAAAGAGAAGGUGGAACAUGUGACCUUCAACUUCACCCUUGAGAACCAGGUGCACCGUAAUGGAGAGUACUUCAAUGACAAGUUCAUGAACUUGAGAAUGAAGUCCAUGGUGUUCGAAGACUCUCUGUUUGAGGAAUGCUACUUUGAGGACAUCACCUCCAGCAACACCUUCUUCAGAAACUGCACCUUCAUCUCCACGCUCUUCUACAACACAGACCUCUUCCAGUACAGGUUCAUCAACUGCCGACUGGUCAACAGCACCUUCUUACACAACAAGGAGGGCUGCAUGCUGGACUUCAGCGACGAGAACAACGCCUACAUGAUCUACUUCGUCAGCUUCCUGGGAACGCUGGCCGUGCUGCCAGGGAACAUCGUGUCCGCCCUGCUCAUGGAUAAGAUCGGCCGGCUGAGGAUGCUGGCCGGCUCCAGCGUGAUCUCCUGUAUCAGCUGUUUCUUCCUGUCGUUCGGCAGCAGCGAAUCAGCCAUGAUCGCGCUGCUCUGCCUUUUCGGGGGCAUCAGCAUCGCCUCCUGGAGCUCCUUGGACGUGCUCACGGUGGAGCUGUACCCCUCGGACAAAAGAACAACAGCCUUCGGGUUCCUGAAUGCCAUGUGCAAGUUGGCAGCUGUGCUGGGCAUCAGCAUCUUCACCUCCUUCGUGGGCAUCACCAAGGCCGUGCCCAUCUUGUUUGCGUCGGGGGCACUGGCCGUGGGCAGCUAUCUGGCCCUGAAACUCCCAGAGACGCGAGGUCAAGUGCUGCAGUAACGUGGAGCUGUCAGCAGGGGGUAGCGAGGAGAGCAAGCAGCCACACUGUGACUGGAGCCACCCAUCCUUGGUCCAAAAAUCCCAGGUGACUGCAUAUGGUUGUGAAAAAAACCACAGCUCCUAAAUCAUGAAGUACUCGUUGCCAUCAUAUAAUAUUGUAUGGGUGUAGAAGCAAUUUUUUGCUUUGAUUUUCAGCUGCCCUUUCAAAAAACACUGAGCAAGGUAUUUGUCGCAAAAUGUUAUUAAGCAUCUGUAAUUUCUUCACAUCUGGAUUUCUAUUUUAGAAGAACCUGCUUCUGGUGUUAUUUAAUCUCAACUCACUGCAUCUGUCAACAAUAUAAAAAAAAAUAGAAAAAAAUCAGGCUAUAAAAAUGUGUAAAGAUUACAAUAUUGGUCCUAUAUUAUGUAAGUGAUGUCAAACAUCUUAAAUGUUUGGUUUAAUUAUGCUGUAUAAUUACGAUGAUAAUUUCUAUCUACUUAGAAUGCCAUAUGAUGUCUGUUGUGUCUACAGUAAUGUUUACCUAACUUUCACUGAGCUAAGAUGCAUUGUGUAAUAAUUACAGCACAAUUUCAAUGGACAGUGGGAGCAGAGGUUCAGAGCACAUUCUGUGGGUAAGGUGCUGAAAGGUACAGUAGAGGGUACAGUAGAAGGUACAGUACAGUAGAAGCUGCCCCCAGGGGUAUGUGGUGGGGUUAGAUGCUUUAACUAGUUACCUGCACUUUUUUCACCCUGUCUUGGGCAGUCAGAGUGUCUACAGCUAUUGUCCCUUGUUAUGGUUCUGUAAGGUUUUUAACAGCGAGAAUGAGAAGGUCCUGAAUUCGAUGAUCUAAUCAGAUUGUUUCCAUGAUCGCUAGGAUCUCACAUAUUCCAGCAAGGAGCCGCCCUUUAAUUAUCCAGAACAUUCCAGACUCACUCGUCCAUUAAAUGUAUACUUGCUGAAGAGAAGUGCACAUAUUAACGGAACAAAAAAAAAGUUUGAAUGGGUUAUGCCAUUGACUGGUUUGAUUUUUGUUGAGCUCUCAAAGUCACUGCCAGUAGUCCGUCAUGCUUUGGUCCUGUCGUUCAUUCUCCCUCCAUACCAUCACCUUCUCGACUACAGGGUAAACAGCAAUGUCAGGUCAUUGAAUGUAACUCUUUGAAAUAUGACAAGUCGCCAGACAUCACUUUUAGAUCAUUUUAGUCCAAUGUAGAAUUACCCUUUUUAAACCUUCUUAGUUAUAUUUCUAGCAUUGAAACAGUCAGAUCAAUGCAAACUGUUACAUUGUUACGCUGCAUUAAAACAUGCAUUGUGAGGUAAAUUCACCUUUCAACAUGUUGAAACAGUGAAUUCAGCGUCAACAAGGCACCUCGAAACCAAAGGCGUAGACGUCUUUGGACUUGGAAAGGGGAUAGAAUACAGUUUGAUAUUUUGCAGUUUUAUGGCAUUAAUGUUCUGUUCUUUAUACAAUUGGCAUUUACAUCUUUUGGACGCCCACCCCCCAAAAGAAAAAAAAAAAAACCCUGGCAUAUGAGAGGAAGAGAGACACUGUUUUCUGAUCAAGGGGGAGGAGGCUUGUUUCAAGUCAAGAUGAAAGAAGCACAUCUGUGUUAAAAGGACCAUUUUUAAACGAGUUCAAGGAAAUCGAAAUUCUGUAAAAUUCAAACUUGAACGUUUGUUCUAUUAAUGUAAGAUAGUAUAAUGAGACUCUUGCAGGUUUUAUUAUGUAUAUAUUUUGGUUUAUUUGAUUAUUUAUUCACAGUUUAAAAAGAGAUAUAUUUUACUGAGAUUUCACGCUAUCAUGCAUUUUGAAUGUUUGUCCUUGUAGAAUAUUCUGUGCCAAAACAAUGGAAACACAAGACGUGUUUAUAUGGAAGCAUGCUUGUGGCGUGUAUGUGGGUGCGUAUAUCCAGUACCUUUGAGCGUGUUCUUUAUUAACUAUAUUUUUAUUUCCUAAUUGUCUUAAAUUAUGAAGCCGGUUUAGUAAUAAUCUGUUUGUCACACCGCGUCAUUUCUGUAUAUGUAAUUCCAGCAGCUUUGCUGUUUUUAAUGCACAUUUUUUUUUUAUGUCAUAACACCACAGACAUUUUUAACGUCAAACAUGAGCGUCAUGGAUUGAAAGAGGCAUCAGGUGCCAUGGACUCUGUGUCUGAGAUUGCAGUAAGCCAGUGUUUCACAAUGAUGUUGUGCCGUUAGCACUUUUUCCCACUGUAAGAAUACAUGCAAAUUUCGCAGUCGAUUUUUCUCGUAUUUAACAGGCCGAUCAAACAGUCUGUGCCCCGUUCUGCCAAAAUCUAUGGAAACAGCUUACAGCCAUAUUUUUAUUUAUUUUUAUUUUUAAAUGUUAAUUUGUGUGGUCAGAUUCUCGCACUUGAUCUUCCUCCAUUUUACGCCAUUGCGUCUUCUGCAGAAAAUGGGAGAGGCAGGCGAUUCUAAGGGUCAGGACAGUAUCUUUUUGCACCUGAGAAGAUGUUACAUAACUGUCGUGCUGUAGGGAUACGGUUUCUUUUUUCUUGAAAUGUCAGCAGUCAGACUCCAUCGCAACCAUUUUUAAUCUGUGAACUGCCACUAAAAAACACUGACUAGGAAAAUUUCUGCACAGAGUCAAACAAAAAUACCAGUGAACAGAACUUCUACGUGCUGUGUAUUACUGCCAAGUUAUAGUCGGAUUGUAGCCAUAUAGUACCGUAUCAAGCAAAAACUACAGCACUAAGAUUUUUUUUUUUUGCAACUUUUGAAUUUAGAAAAUCUUAUAAACAUAACUGGAAAUCACUCAUAAUAUCAACGUGGCCAAAGGCUUCUUGCAGGGUGACAAAGCACAAAAGAGUAACAUACAGUUAAUUUUACUUUUUUGGUUAGUUCAUGGUAGAAUAGGUUGAGGACCGCUGACAUAAAUCAGGAUCUUACAUUCCUGCAGUGGUUUUCUAAAGUUUUACCACGUAAGUUUUACCACAUAAUAUUAGCACAGAAACGCAAAGACACAGACCUGAAUAUCAGCAUGAAAACACCAGUUAUGUGUUGGAUCUAGACCCGUCAAAGCACUGUGCUCUGUGUAAUGCAUCUACCAGAUCUCCGGUCCUUUUGAGACCCCUUUGUCUGCCUUGUGCUCUUGACUAUUUAAUGCAUGAUGAGCACAGCACAUUAAAGAUGUAGUAAUUCAACUAAGUUACCUGGUCUUACUUUAUAAACUGUAUAUUUGAUGGUGAAUCGUGGACAUCGUAGUUUACAAAAUGAAAGAUCACCACCUGUAAAUCAUUUGUUGAUGACAGUUCAACAAAGUCUGAUUAAGAAGACUUAGCUAUCAGGACUACAGUCAGCAUUAAUGCAUGUCUCAGAUAUACUGCUAUAUUUUCUUUAUGUCCCUGCCAAUUUGCUUCAGCGUUAUGUUGUCAGAACAGUUUUUGUAUGGAACAAAACUGAUACUGAUCAAUUACCACUGAACUGAGACUCUGAAUUAGAACCACAUCUUGGUUCUCUCCACAUGGGACAAAACAUAACUAAAAGCAAAAUAAAAAGUGUUGUAUUUAGUCAGAUUUGUUGCAUUUAUUUGUCUUUUUAUUUUACUUUAAUUAGACCAAGUCUUAAUUACAGGUGCAAAAUAAUUCAAGCAAUAACCACAAAAAUGUUUUGUUUGCUCAGCACUGCCCAGCCAGCUUAAAGAAGCCAAACACAUUGCCAGUUUGCAGCUCAACCCGUGUGAAGCUGGGGUUCUUCACAAUGUAAACGUCCCACUAAAUCCCCGAGGAAUGCCGUGUCUGUGUCGAAUAUGAAGCAUCGCCAUUAUUUAAACUUAAUACAACUUUUAACUUUGUAAUUGUCGUGCGCUGUAGAAAUUGUGGAUGUUUAUAUGUAAACAUAUAAUAUGUUCAAAAACAACAAAAAUACAAAAAAAAACAACCUAAAUGACUGAAUACUAUUGUAUGUUGUCUUUAAUUUUUCGUGUUUUGUAAAGGACAAUUUAAAGAUGUGAAUUAUUAUGUCAAUGGUAAUUAUUACUGGAUAUGAAGACUAUGUUAACGUAACACCCUCAAGUUAUUGCACAUUGGUUUAUGUGAGUUUUUUUUUUUCAGCUUAAUUUUGUUAAUGAAAGAAGAUUCUACAGUCCUUACUAUAACUCAGCCUCCCACUACUGCAAUGGAGUGAAAAAUACACAUGAAUAAAGUACAGUAAUAAACAUUGAAGAAACAA